AUGUCAAGCAAAACCAAAGCCAGAUUUACGCGCAAUUUAAAGGUUAAUGAUUUCAUCGAUGAACUAACAAAGAAACAGACUGGUGAUGUUGACCAAGAUGCUGAGCCUGGGACUGUGGAGGAGGAGGAGUUGGCGGCAACAGACAUUCUGGGUGGGACUGUAGAUGAGGAAUUGGGGGCAACAGACAUUCUGGGUGGGACUGUGGAUGAGGAAUUGGGGGCAACAGACAUUCUGGGUGAGACUGUGGAUGAGGAGUUGGGGGCAACAGACAUUCUGGGUGAGACUGUGGAUGAGGAGUUGGGGGCAACAGACAUUCUGGGUGGGACUGUGGAUGAGGAGUUGGGGGCAACAGACAUUCUGGGUGGGACUGUGGAUGAGGAAUUGGGGGCAACAGACAUUCUGGGUGAGACUGUGGAUGAGGAGUUGGGGGCAACAGACAUUCUGGGUGAGACUGUGGAUGAGGAGUUGGGGGCAACAGACAUUCUGGGUGAGACUGUGGAUGAGGAGUUGGGGGCAACAAAGGAGUCGGGCAUGGCAGGAGAGGAGCUGGGGGACACAGAACCAAAGAAAAAGACAAGAAAAAGACCAUCAAAUUCAUCUAAAUGGAAAGCAAAUAUCCGCAAGAGGCUACAUCAAGAAGAAGGUUACCCCUACUGA